GCGCAGGAGGCAGCAGGGAGAUGGCGAACGCGGCGCCGGGCAGCGGGGACCUCCCCAGCGCGGAGCUCUGGGCCUCCCACAACAGGAUGGUCAUGGAGCCGCUCGAAAGCAACGACCCGGAGGUGUUCGGCAUCAUCAAGAAGGAGAAGCAGCGCCAGAGGCUGGAGCUGGAGUUAAUCGCCUCGGAAAACUUUGCCAGCCGAGCAGUCCUGGAAGCCCUGGGAUCCUGCAUGAACAACAAAUACUCCGAGGGUUACCCCGGACAGAGGUACUACGGUGGCACCGAGUUUGUGGACGAGCUGGAGAGGCUGUGUCAGAAGAGAGCGCUGCAGGCGUACGGGCUGGACCCCCACAAGUGGGGGGUCAACGUCCAGCCGUACUCAGGUACCGGCGCUCGGUUCUGCNNNUGCACGGCCUUGGUGGAGCCCCACGGCAGGAUCAUGGGGCUGGACCUGCCCGACGGCGGCCACCUCACCCACGGCUUCAUGACGGAGAAGAAGAAGAUCUCGGCCACCUCCGUCUUCUUCGAGUCCAUGCCCUACAAGGUCAACCCCACGACCGGCUACAUCGACUACGACCGGCUGGAGGAGAACGCCCGCUUGUUCCACCCCAAGCUCAUCAUAGCAGGCUUCAGCUGCUACUCGCGCAACCUGGACUACACGCGCAUGCGGCGCAUCGCCGACGCCAACGGCGCCCUCCUCAUGGCCGACAUGGCCCAUAUCAGCGGGCUGGUGGCAGCCGGCGUGGCGCCCUCGCCCUUCGAGCACUGCGACGUCGUCACCACCACCACGCACAAGACGCUGCGGGGCUGCAGGGCCGGCAUGAUCUUCUACCGCAAAGGCACCCGCAGCGUGGACCCCAAGACGGGCAAGGAGACGCUCUACAACCUGGAGAGCCUCAUCAACCAGGCCGUGUUCCCGGGGCUGCAGGGCGGCCCGCACAACCACGCCAUCGCAGGCUUCGCCGUGGCGCUGCGGCAGGCCAUGACACCCGAGUUCAAGGCCUACCAGCAGCAGGUGGUCGCCAACUGCCAGGCGCUCUCGGCGGCGCUCGUGGAGCUGGGCUACAACAUCGUCACGGGGGGCUCCGACAACCACCUGAUCCUCCUGGACCUGCGGAACAAGGGCACGGACGGCGGGCGGGCCGAGCGGGUGCUGGAGCUCUGCUCCAUCGCCUGCAACAAGAACACUUGUCCCGGUGACAUCAGCGCCCUGCGCCCCAGCGGCCUGCGCUUCGGCACGCCGGCUCUGACAUCCCGGGGGUUCCGGCAGGACGAUUUCCGCCGAGUGGCUGCUUUCAUCCACAGAGGCAUCGAGCUGACGCUGCGCGUGCAGAGCGACAUGAGCCCCAAGGCCACGCUCAGGGAAUUCAAGGAGAAACUGCAGGAGGAGGGAUACCAGGCGGACCUCGCGGCGCUCAAGGAGGAGGUGGAGGCCUUCGCGGGAACCUUCCCGCUCCCGGGGCUGCCCGUGCUGUAA